AUGGUGGAUUGUCCAGGGUACAGUCUGUCUGGUGUGGCUGCCUCCUUGCUCUUCAUCCUGUUGACUGUGAAGCACCCAGAUGAAUUCAGGGUCGUCGGUCCUGCUCACCCUGUCCUCGCCAGAGUCGGGGAAGAUGCCCUGCUGACAUGUCAGCUCCUCCCCAAGAGGACAACGGCGCACAUGGAGGUGAGGUGGUACCGCUCCGACCCCGACACACCUGUGAUUGUGCACCGGGAUGGAGCCGAGGUGUCGGGGCUACAGAUGGAGGGGUACAGAGGCCGGGCAGAGUGGACAGAGGACAGUACUGACGAGGGGAGUGUGGCUCUGAAGAUUCGCCAGGUCCAGCCGGGUGAUGAUGGGCAAUACUGGUGCCGCUUCCAGGAGGGGGACUACUGGAGGGAGGCAAGCGUGCUGCUCCAAGUGGCAGCUCUAGGAUCUUCCCCAAACAUCCACAUGAAGGGACCUAGAGAUGGAGGAGUCCAGCUUGUGUGCACAUCCCAGGGCUGGUUCCCUGCGCCUGAGGUCUACUGGGAGGGCACCUGGGAAGAAAAGCUGUUGAGUUUCUCUGAGAAUCACGUGCUGGGUGAAGAUGGGCUGUUCUACGUGGAAGACACACUGGUGGUCAGGAAUGACACUUCAGAGACCAUUUCCUGCCUCAUCUACAACCAUGGCCUCAAGGAGGCCAAGGAGGCCACCAUUGCCCUGCCAGAGAAACUCCAGACAGAGCUGGCUUCCUCAAGGGUGAUUGGACCUUCCCAGCCCAUCCUUGUCCAAGUCGGGGAAAACAUAGAAUUAACUUGUCACCUGUCACCUCAAACUGAUGCUCAGAGCAUGGAGGUGAGGUGGAUCCGAUCCCACUAUUACCCCGCAGUCUACGUGUAUGUGGACGGGGCCCACUCGGCUGAGGAGCAGAUGAUGGGAUACAGAGGGAGAACCAUGGUGAUGAGUGACGCCAUCCAUGAGGGAAAUCUGACCCUGAGGAUACACAAUGCCAGACCUUCAGAUGAUGGGCAGUACCGGUGCCUUUUUGGAAAAGAUGGUGUCUACCAGGAGGCCCGUGCGGAUGUACAGGUGAUGGCGGUGGGUUCCACCCCACGGAUCACCCAGGAGAUCCUGAAGGAUGGAGGCAUGCAGCUGAGGUGCGCAUCGGAUGGGUGGUUCCCACGGCCCCACGUGCAGUGGAGGGGCAGAGACGGAAAGGCAAUAGCAUCGUUUUCCGAGGCCUUUCAUCAAGAGAGCGAGGGGCUGUUCCAGGUGGAGACGCUCCUGCUGGUCACAAACAGCUCCGUGGUGAAUGUGACCUGCUCCAUCAGCCUCACUGGGGGCGAGGAGAAAGCUGCACGGUUUCCUCUCUCAGACUCCAAGAUAGCUUUGCUGUGGAUGACCCUGCCUGUUCUGGUGCUGCCUCUUGCCAUGGCUGUUGACCUGCUCAAGGUGAAGCGCCAUAGGAAAGGUACGUGGACCAAAAAACACCACAGCAAUCAGCAAAAUCUCAAGAAUGAUGAAAGCCACACGAGGGCUUCCCUCUGACAAGAAGCUCUGGUUAAAAAUAUAUAUGUGCACGAUGCAAGCCCGGUGCACCCCAUUCCUGAGUAUGCACCAUGCAAGCCCUGUGCACCCCACUUCCUGAGUAUGUACCGUGCAAGCCCGGUGCACCCCAUUCCUGAGUAUGCACCUUGCAAGCCCUGUGCACCCCACUUCCUGAGUAUGCACCAUGCGAGCCCGGUGCACCCCACUUCCUGAGUAUGCACCAUGCAAGCCCUGUGCACCCCACUUCCUGAGUAUGUACCGUGCAAGCCCGGUGCACCCCAUUCCUGAGUAUGCACCUUGCAAGCCCUGUGCACCCCAAUUCCUGAGUAUGCACCAUGCGAGCCCGGUGCACCCCACUUCCUGAGUAUGCACCAUGCGAGCCCGGUGCACCCCACUUCCUGAGCACCCCAUUCUUCCUUUCAUCUUUCCCCUCAAUGAGCAGCGCUGCCCUGACAUAGGAAUGGCCUCACCUGCUGCUGUCCAAAAGGGUUCUUCGUGGGGCAGCACCCAUUCCUGUUGUUCACAGUGAGGGACACCUCUACCGGAGGCAGCCCAUCGCCCAUCAUCACCUUGGUGUCACACAGUGAUGACAUCUUCUCUCCUUCUGCAUCUUUCUGCUGUCCCUCAGCCUGGGGACCCUCCCUCGCCUAUGCACAGCAGCCUUACCCCACCAUCUUCUGGAGCCAUCAUGAGGAUGUAAGAAGGGGAGCCUAGAUCUGGAGAGAAGUGUCACUCAUCUGAGACCUGCAUGGGUUUUUCGAGAAACAUCCGAUGCAGAAGCUCCAGGGGGAUGAAGCACCCCGCCUGUAGGUGGGAGGAGAGGGCUUCUUUUCUUUCUCCACAGAGAAAGGACUAACUGUGAGUCACAGUUCCAGAAGACCCAGCACCUACACUAUGAAUCAGAGCAGGGGCUGGGGAAGUGGCUCAGCGGUUAAGAGCACUGGCUGUUCUUGCAGAGGACCUGAGUUCUACUCCCGGCACCCACAUGGCAGCUCACAACCAUCUCUAACUCCAGUGCCAGGGGCUCUGACAUCCUCUUCUAACCUCUGAGGGCACCAGGCACACACCUGGUGCACAGGCAUACAUGCAGG